AUGGACGCAGGAUUAUCUGCAAUGAAUCAACAACAACAACAUAUCAUGUCGCAGCAGGGCCAAAUGAGAGAACAAUUACUGCAUAACGACAUUGGAGGAAUAGAUAUAACGCAAGAGACACCACUAUCGACAAAGCAGGGGGCACCAAUGCCCAUGCCCAUGCCCGUGCAACAACAACAAUACUACCAGAUGCCGCCACCAACUACCCAAGUACCUCUCGCUGUCCAGCCCCAACAGUUCCCGCCACAACAACAUUAUCAUCAAGUGUUCCCACCACCACAACAACAACAACAGCAGCAAUACGCGUACCAACAACAACAAUUUCAAAGAAUGGGCCCUCCAGCCCCACAGAAUCAACCAAACAUGAUGGGCAUGGCGAAACCGAAACCGAAACCAAGAGUGAGUUCACCGCCACAGGAUGAGAAGAGGUCCUAUUCCUUGAAUCAGAAAUCAUUCUCCAAUUUCUUCAAACAUAGAGCAGGAUCGAGUCCCUUUAGCAAGCAUAAGAAAUCGUCUCCAGCACGAAUGGGCGGAGGUGGAGGUGGUGAUGAUGGCGGCGAUGGGGACGAGGAUGAAGUCGUCGUGAUGGAGGAUGAUCCAAGUUCCGCAACGUACACGUUUAAUGAUAUUCAGACCUUUGGAUAUAAGAAUGGAGACAAGUUUGGAGUGAGUAGUGAUACCACACCACUGAUACCCACUUUGAUUACUAAACAGGGAGAUUCCAUGUCCAAUACAGAGUAUAGAAAGUAUCAGACUAACCAGAAGAAAUUGGCAAGGAACGCAUUGGCAAAGCAACAGAAGGCUGGCGGUGCUGUACCCGGUGGGCAACAACAAACGCCAAAUAAUCCAAGAGCAAUGUCUUUACAAACUGGUGCCAACCCUUAUUAUCAGAAUCCUAUGCAAAGACAACCAUUCCCCAAUCCAAAUCCAAAUCCAAACCAAAAUAUAAAUGUCAACAAUCCAAGAGCCAAUUCGUUAAUGACUACACCCCAACAACAGCAACAACAACAACCGUAUUAUCAACAAUUCCAACAGCAACAACAACAGCAACGCAUGCAGUUCCAACAAUACCAAGCCCCACCAAAUGCUAAUCCCUCUAUGCCAAUGGCACCUCCACAACAACGUCAACAAGAGCCAAGAACAAUGUCAUUGACGAACCCGUCGAAUCGAAUGUUGCCAAUGAAUGACAGAAGAUUCCAACCUCCACAACAACAAAUGCACCCUCAAUCCCAACCUCAAGUAGAGCAACGUCCCUUCUAUCAAAAAAUUGGAACAAGCUCAUCCUCCAUGGGAAGCAGUAACCCACCAGAGAUGCAUUCCAUAGGUUCCUCUAAUGAAACGUCAACGGCAAAUACUUCUCAGACUGAAAAUGAAUUUUUAAAUCAAAACGUAAGAACGUCACCAUUAAGAAACCAGAUAAAUAGCUUACCCGUUGAUGAUGUCUCGCCAAUUCAUCCUUCCAAUGAGCAGUAUGUAAGUAAGGCAAGAUUAAAUAUUUUGAAAUUAUCCCAACCACAACAGGAAGAACAAAAUGAAAGAGAGCAGCAACAACAAGAGGAACAGCAGGAGAGGAUAAGGAAGCAGAAUUUGCAGAAGGAGAAGGAAUUGCGUGAGCAGCAACAGUUACAAAAGGUGCAACAAGAACAACAACAGCAACUAAAACUGCAGAAGGAGAGGGAAAUUCAAGAGCAACUUAAAAGAGCACAACUUGAAAGGGAAUUACAGCAGCAGCAGCAGCAGCAGCAACAACAGCAACAGGUUUUGCAGCAUGAUAAUCUCAAUCUACGGCCUACCAGUCUCCUGGAAACUGGUCUUCAAUCGUUGUCUCUAAAUGAUCCAUCCAAUAGAGGUUCUACGGCCACGUAUACUUCUACCUUCAGCGAAUCUCCAGAAAAGAAGAAUGCUUUGAAUAAGGCAACUGGAAUGUAUCAAUUGGAAAAUGCUACUGGAACAAGAGAAUAUGUUACUGCACAGGAGUUUCCAAAUGAAUCUGACAAUUAUCACAAUAUUCAAACAUCACGUCGCCAAUCACAACUUUCAUCGGCAAGUACGGUUGAAAUGAACCCAAGUACAAAUGGCACAGAUCCAAGAAGAAUCCCCACGCAAUCAUCUAUAUCCACUAUUCAUACAGCUACAAGUACAUCCUCCACAACAAGCGAAGCCAAUUCAAAGAAAAGAUUCUCUAUGACAAAGACAAAGAAUUUUUUGAAGAAGAGAUUAUCAAAGGAUUAUAGUACUUCUUCCGAUCUUCAAAACAAGAGAACUCCAAGCAUUGUAAGCAUGAGCAGUAAUAAUAGCAUUGCGGAUGAUACAUUUCAAUAUAAGAAGGAAGCAAAUAAGAAACAGGCGAACCGCCCAAUUUCAAUGGCAUCUGUGAUGUCCGAAUCCUCGAAUAAGAAAAGGUUAAGCACCAAUACUGUUCAGCCACUAUCAAUCCCAGAAAGCCCUAUAAUGCAAAAUAGGCAAUCAACAAUUCGUCCAAUUAGGGAACAUAUCGUUGAAGCUGAUGAUUUUGUAUUUGACAACACAGUUGCAAAGGAAUAUCAGCCUAGUUUCAAGAUUUUGGGUAAGAAAAGCUCAACAAAGACUAUAACGAUAUCAGGUGAACAACUGAACAUAAUAACAGAGAAUACAGAAUUGAUGAAGGAGUUGACUCUCGUAUCAACAGCCUUAGCGGAAUCAAUAAAGAGGGAGACCAUAUUGGAGGAGAGAAUACGAUCAAAACAUGAUACAAUGGAUACUGAUAGACCGUUAUCAUUGGAUGAUUUUGAAAUUGAGUUGAGGAAAAAAUCAUCCAAGAUAGUGGAGUUGAUUCAACAAUUAAACGAUGAACGAUUGAAAAGAUUUAUCGCAGAGGAGCAGCUUUUGUUGAAAGAAAAUGGAGCUAGUCCAAGUUCUAUUGAAUUGGUUCAAACUAUUAAUGACUUGAAGAUGUCGCUGGACUCCAAAGAUGAUGAGAUUAGAACGCUGAAGGAAAAAAUCUUUCAACUGGAAGAACCACAAGAGAAUUUUUUAUGA